AUGCCCGACUUACAUGAUCAGAUGAUUAGCAAGAAUGAGGAAAUAUCCAAACUCAUUGGGUCUCUCGAACGUGCAGCUGAUAUCCUGAAAAGGCAGUCUGCACUUGGCAGUUCCAAAUGGAAGAAAGCAAUCACUUCGACGCCCCUGUUCUCUGGUGCUUUACCCCUGCUUGACGACUAUAUUCAGGCCAUACACCUUCACGAAGCUUGUCCAGAAAGGACAUGGCCAAAGAGUCCUCAAGAAAAGCGAUGGUCUCAAUAUGUCGUCGACAACUAUUUGGAGCACUACCCAGAAGGCGUUUGGACCGACCUGGCAGCCUAUGUCAAGUCUUCGGACAUGGUUGAGGAGUGUGUCGAUGGUGCCAUUCUCGGCAGGUUUACUUACGACAUGGAUGAACACGAUGUUGAAUGGCUGCGGAAGAACAACAACAUCGCACUUGGCGAGGGUCAAGUAGCGCAAUUCCCUCGCCAACUCGCAAUGUCAAAACUUGAGGCAAGGACAUUGCUUCAGACCGACUCUCUUGUCUUCACUGAGGACGAGAUAGAACUCAUGAUGGGUCUAUUCGAGAAGUUCACCAACGAGAAAUGCCAUUUCCUCCAUCUUGAUAUCAAAGUGCCUCCAUGUGCCCAGGACCCCUCUCAUCUUAUUUGGCUCGCUCGAACGAUAUACCCCUACUAUAAGGAGCGGGAAAUUGUUAGCCAAGGCCACAAGAUAAUACCCUCAUUAAAUUUCAACGAAUCCAAUGCUGAAGAUGCCUACAUGUGUUUCUGCCGACGAGAUGUCAAGUCAGUCUGUAAGACUUGUCGAACGGAUAUGAUGCCUGCCGAAAAGGUCUCACGGCUAUGGCAAGAGCUUAUCAAGGCGAAAGAUCUUGCUAACUUAAUGGUUUUGCAUGAGGUGAAGAAGUUGGAGCUCAAUAAGGAUGCGUGCAGCAUUCUCGAAGCGAGGAUCAGGUUCAUGUGCAUCCACAUGAACGUGCCGAGUUAUUCACUAAAGAGAUCAAGUGUCAAUGCGAGAUGA